UGGUAUUAACAAACUCUAAGGGGAAUUAAUUUACUUUUAAAAAAGAUGAAUGUCGGUGGAGGAACCGGCGCCGGCGACGGUGUAUCCUCACCUUCGACCACCGUGUCGCAGUGGUUCUUCACCGUAUCUCAGCUGUACCAGCACCUUCUGGAUAAGUCAACGCAGCAUGUCCGCCACCGUUGGAUCGCCUUCUCGGUGAUAGCUUUGAUCUAUGCCGUACGCGUGUACUUCGUUCAAGGAUUCUACAUCAUCACGUACGGACUAGGAAUCUACAUCCUUCAGCUGCUGAUCGCCUUCCUUUCCCCUCAAGUGGAUCCGGAACUCGCCGAUGGUCCUGGUCCUUCCCUCCCCACCCGCGGUUCCGAUGAGUUUCGCCCUUUCGUUCGUCGCCUCCCUGAGUUUAAAUUCUGCCUAUGAAUGUGGCAAUAAAGUAGGAGAGCUUAAAAUGGGGAAAGCUAAUGGUCUUAACUUGAGCCUUGGACAAAAACGUUUACUGCCACCAGGUCAAACCAGAGAGAUGCAGGGGGGCAUCACCUACCCUAUGUCUAAAGGAGAGCCCCUUAUAAAGUGAAAAUGCCAUCUUAUCAGUGCCCUCGCUGAUGAGCGCCCCUUCUAGAUGUGGUUAUGUAGUUUUUGCCCUUGAAAACAAUGACUUUUUUUGUUUUUACUUCUAAUGUGCAACGAAAUUGUGUAAAAA